AUGUCAGACAUCAACCACAGAAACUACCACAAUCGCCUAGAGCAAAUCCAGCGCAUCACCAAGCAAUACAACCUCCAAUUCUCUACUAUCAGCCCCGUAGCAUACCAAGAAUUCGGUCCCUGUCCUUACAACAACUUCAUCUACAAACUUGAAUUAUCCGAACCUGCCAGCAGUUUCUCAUUCUACACCUCAAAUGGAACCCCCAGCCCCUGCACUACCUCCCCUCCUGCCGGAACAUCGACAUACAUCCUCCGAAUGAGCAAUCCACUUGCCAUGGGCAUCAACCCACAUGCCUUGCGCAUCGAGAACGAAGUCGCCGCCAUGUCUCUCGCUCGUCAGGGACUUGAGUCAUAUCGCCCCGGACUGGGUAGUCUCAUCCCCAAGAUAUAUACACUUUGCUCUAAACCUAGCCAUCCGGAUGACUUACCCUGGGUACUGAUGGAGUACAAGUCCGGUGUACCACUAGACGAGUUCUUCCCUUCUCAGUCCGACACGAUCAAGGAGUCUAUCAUCGAGCAGGUAGCAGAUAUACCGUCUGGGCUUCGGAACUGUCCACUCCCACCGGGGAUCACCUACGGUGGACUUGGUCUAUCUACCGAUGGCAGCAUCAUCAGUGCGGAAAUGACCACCACAAAUGGAGGACCAUGGCCUACCUACGAGAUGCUCCUCAAGGCACGACUGCAGCAUGAAUUGCACGAUGCUGAUACGAGCCCUGUCAUUAAUGGAUGGCGAGAUAAUGGGGUACGAGAACGACUCGAAUCUCUAAUCAAUCGAUUCACAGUACCCAACCUUUCAGACUCUGAUACCAGAGUGCUCAUCCACGGUGAUCUCACAAUGAACAACAUUCUCAUCGACCCCAGCACUUGCAAGCUGACAGCCCUCAUCGACUUCGACUUCGCCUGCAUAGCGCACCCAGCCCACGAGUUCCUUGUCUCGCUGCAGGAUCUAGGCGGUAACGUGAUGGGUCCUUAUGGGGAGGAUCCAACGGAAGGGAAGCUCUCACAAGCUCUUCUCUCUGGUGAUUUCAGUGAUGAUGAUGUUCCUGGUCAUUUGUGGUGGGUUGGGAAGACGUUAAAUGCUUGUUUGGUCAAACGGGGGGUUCUAAGGCCUAGUGAUGUCGACGGGAUGAAGGUGCUUCAGGAUGAGUGA